AUGGACAAGAAAACGGUCCAACUAGGUCACGUGUUGGUGACGGGUGGUAGUGGCUUCUUAGGCUCACAUAUCGUUCAGCGCUUGCUGGCUGAGCCGGAUGUCGUGGUGUUCUCCGUCAGCCGUAACCCACGUCAGCGUGAUGCCCGAGCAAAGUACCGGGCAGUUGACAUUACCGACGAAGGAAAGCUACGCGCUCUCUUUCAGGAGAUAAAGCCGCGCGUUGUCAUUCAUACCGUGUCGCCAUUGUCAACAGACAACAAGGCAGUGCUCCACCGCACCAUCGUGGAAGGUACGAGAGCUCUUCUCCGAUGCGCGGCCAAUUGCCCGGAGACACGCGCUUUCGUCUACACCUCCAGUGAUUCUGCGGUGGCGUCACCGUCGCUGCCAGAUCGGAAGUUGCGAGAGGCUGACGCACAGCUGUACACCGCAACCCACUUCAACAACCCAUAUGGCCGGUCAAAGGCCCUUGCUGAUGCCGCUGUGCUGGCCGCUGAUAGUACAAAUUUGCGCACCGCAACGCUCCGGCUACCAGCCAUCUACGGAGAAGGUGACACCAAUUUUAUCCCACAGCUAUUGUCAAGCGUCCGGAAAGGCGAACACAAGAUGCAGCUGGGUGACGACCAGAAGCUGUUUGAGUUCGUCUAUGUAAAGAGUGCGAGUGAGGCCCACGUACUUGCCGCCAAAGCGCUGCUGCGCACCGAUACUGCCCAGACUGACAGAGAAAGUCCCAAGGUCCAUGGCGAGGCCUUCUUUAUCACCGACGGCCAACCGAGACACUUCUUCGAUUUCGCACGUGAAGCCUAUGCCGCAGCAGGCCACCCCGUUGCGCCUAAUGAGAUCAAAAAGAUGCCGUUUGCUGUCGUGCAGGCUAUGGCGUCAGUAGGAGAGUGGGCUUACUGGAGUUUCACCCUGGGUCGCUUGACCCCACAGAUGCGGCGUCAGAGUAUUGACCACCUGAAUAAGGGAUGUCACUGGUCUAUUGAGAAAGCGCGGCAGCGGUUGGGCUACGCUCCGGUAUUAGAUCAGCACAUUGCUAUCAAGCGGAGCAUGGAAUGGGCUAUGGCCCACGAGAAGUAA